UUGCUCCUUUCACAUCGAGGCAGACGAUAACAACAUCAUCCAGCGUAGUCCGGAUUUGUAGGAUAAGACGCAGACCAGUUAUUUAGUAGUUCGUUUCCUAAUACUAAUUAACCACUUGAUAUUAGAAUGUAUUAACAGAUUGCAGUAGUCCUAAAGCAUCAUGAGUGUCCUAGCAUGGAGCAUCAGGAAGAACGUGUCCAUGAUGAGGAAGAAUGGCAUGUGGAAGCCUCUGCUGUCAUUCAAGAUGUGAAAGAUUGUGUUAGCCAGAUUCAUAUAUCAUCGCUGCCUUCUUCAAAUACUACCAUUUUCUUCAACCUCACUACCAGGGAAAAUAACAUAUAUUGUGUAGAACUCACAGCAUCCGGUUUCAGAAUUGUUGGUUCCAAGUAUGAUGACAACAGUGAACCAUCUGAUGCAUAUUAUGAAACACCAUAUGCCCUGCUGGACACAAUAAGCCCCAUGUACCGGGAGAGUUUCAGUUCAGCAUUGGCUGCCAAGUUAUCUCAGUUAGUCCAGGAGCACGAAGAGCCUCAGGAUUUAGAUCUAGUCGAUUGA